AAUGAGAUGCGCUAAUAGUUAUACAGAACACUUGUUUAGAGAGAUAAGGAAAUCUGCUGAAAGAGUUAUGAUAAAUUCAUUAAAACGCGUUCAGAAUAAUGCAAAUGAAAAUCAUUACGAUAGAGGAUUUUGGGAUGCUUUGCAGAUUGAUUGCAACUGUUGUGGAAUUAAUACUUAUCAAGAUUGGAAUGGAAAAAUACCAGAAUCGUGUAGUAUUUACGCAACAAAACCUAAAAAUCAAAGUUGCUUUAGCCAGAAACCAUCGAAACAUUCAAAUUCUUCUGUAACCUCUCCAUUUUCGAAUACAGCUAUUUAUCAAACAGUAUUUUAUACUUAA